AUGAUAAGUUAAUCUUAACACUUUUUUGAAUAAAAAAAUUUAGAUAGUAGAUAUAAAAAAUUUUUACUUUGGUUGUUUUAUCUUUAUGAUAAUAAAUAAAUUAAUUAAGAGUUGCAAUUAACAUUCCAUACUUUGAUUAGUAUUGUAUUCUUUAAGCAUAUUAAUUAGAUAAUAAAAUUAUUGGGAUGUGAUAAGGAAAAUAAUUCCAAAAUUAUAAAUUAUUGCCAAAAAUUAAUUUAAAAAAUCUCAAAUUUUAUUAGAAAUAAAAAUAGCAAUGUAAUAAAUACUUCUCUAUAUUAGAAAAAGUUAAUAUUAGUAUAAUUGUUCCAAAUGUAAAUGAAUAAAAAUUAAGAUUAAUUCUAAACAUCAUCUCUUAUAAAAAUUUGA